AUCGUAUCUCAAAAGAAUCCAGUAAGGUUUUUGAAGAUGUCCUUGAGAGCUUCUAUUCGAUUGAUUGUAUUAAAUCACAGUUUGAAGCAUGGCGUUCUAAAUAUUUCACUUCUUAUAAGGAUGCUUAUAUUGGUCUUUGUUUGCCAAAGUUAUUCAAUCCUCUAAUAAGGCUGCAACUUCUUACUUGGACUCCCUUGGAGGCAAAAUGUCGUGACUUUGAGAGUAUGCUAUGGUUUGAAUCAUUGCUAUUUUAUGGCUGUGAAGAACAGGAGCAAGAAAAGGAAGAUGUAGAUGUUGCAUUACUACCUACCAUUGUGGAAAAAGUGAUUCUUCCUAAACUAACAGGAAUAGCUGAAAAUACGUGGGACCCCUUCUCUACAACACAGACAUCUAGAAUGGUUGGGAUUACGUUGAAAUUGACAAGUGGAUAUCCUUCAGUGGUAAAUGCAGAAAAUAAAAACACACAGCUAUAUUUAAAGGCACUCUUACUAAGAAUGAGAAGAACUUUAGAUGAUGAUGUAUUCAUGCCCUUGUAUCCCAAGAAUAUCUUGGAAAAUAAAAACUCUGGCCCUUACUUGUUUUUCCAGCGACAAUUUUGGUCUUCAGUUAAGCUCUUAGGAAACUUUCUCCAGUGGUAUGGCAUUUUUUCAAACAAAACUCUUCAAGAAUUAUCCAUAGAUGGUUUGCUAAAUAGAUACAUCCUUAUGGCUUUUCAGAAUUCAGAAUAUGGGGAUGACAGCAUCAAAAAAGCCCAACAUGUAAUCAACUGUUUCCCCAAACAGUGGUUCGUAAAUCUGAAAGGGGAAAGGACUAUAUGCCAGCUAGAAAACUUUUGUAGAUACCUUGUUCACCUGGCAGAUACCAUUUAUAGAAACAGCAUUGGAUGCUCAGAUGUAGAAAAAAGAAAUGCAAGGGAAAACAUAAAACAGAUAGUAAAACUUCUUGCAAGUGUUCGAGCUCUGGAUCAUGCUAUGACCGUUGCAAAUGACCACAAUAUGAAAGAAUUAAAGGCUUUAAUUGAAGGAAAAUAGAACUUUCAUACUGAAAAACCUAAUAUGAGCUUUAAAAAUCCAUUCCUGGUGUACAAUUUUUGUAUAUAUGUAAAGUUUCUUAAAAUGUAAAGUA